GAAUCAUGAAGAUACAGUGUUGUUCAUGCGAAGCGGCGGAGGCAAAGGUUUUGUGUUGUGAAGAAGAAGCAGCUUUGUGUUUAAGUUGCGACCAGAAGAUACACUCCUUAAACAACCUCGCCGGAAAACAUGGCCGUGUUUCUCUCUCUUCCUCUAUCUCUCCGACACCCAAGUGUGAUAUUUGUCAAGAGACCAUUUGCUACUUCUUUUGCCUCGAACAUCGGGCUUUACUAUGUCGGAAGUGUGAUUCUAUGACGCAUGAAGCAAACCUUCAUGUUUCUCGUCAUCAGAGGUUCUUGCUUACAGGUGUCAAAGUGGGUCUUGAAGAAACCGAAUAUCAAAAUUCAGAUGAAGACGAUAUGGGACAGCCAUCAUUUGAUGGAUUAAUGUUCUCUCAGUGGGGGUCGGAGCCAUACUUCGGAUCUGCCUAUGUUAAUCAGCAAGAUGCAAUUACUAUGUUUGAACUUUGAACAGUGAAUCGAACCAGAUGGUACUUGGUAGGCGAAUGACUGAACUAGUUCUGUGACGGAGUUAAUAAUAAAGGAGUUAUAUAUAUAUAUAUAUAUAUAUAUAUAUAUAUAUAUAU